AUGUUUAGGCAAAUUGUUGUGUUAUUUCUCCUUUGUUUUAUAUCCAACAACAGCAUAUCAGCUUAUUCGUUUUAUAAGAAAGGGAACUGUGGCAUUACUGACAGUGAAUGCUUAAGUGCGUAUUACCAAAAUGUUAUUCAAAAAGCGGCAGAAUCAGGUAUUCCAGAAAUUGGCAUACCUAUUCUAGACCCAUAUGCCGUCAAAAAUUUGAACGUGACUGUUUUGGGACUGAUAAAAGUUAACAUUCCAGAAGGAACCGUCAAAGGUCUUAAAACUUGUCACAGCAAUCGUUUUAAUUUAGACUUAGAAAAUAAAAUUUCAUCUGUUGAAUACGUUUGUGAGACUAUUAAUAUCGAAGGCAAAUAUAAUCUUGAGCCUACUGAUGUUCUUAAAGUUUUCAUAGGCGGUAUAGAUAUACACGGAAAAGGUGUAGCUAGUUUGAAAAUUGAAAACGUACAAAUUAACUUAGAUAUUCCUAUUGAAGUAAAGGAAUCAGAAGAUCAUGAAGUACAUGCUGUAUUUGAUUACAAAGGAAUUACGUACACUUAUGAAGUGUUAGGAAAAGUUACCCUGAACGCUGACAGCUUGUAUGUAGGAAGUCAAGAUAUUAGUACUGUGGCUGUCAACAUAUUUAAUGAAAACUGGAAGUCUCUCAUUAAGCUCCUUGGAAGGUCCAUCGUCGAUUUAGCACUGGAUGUGUUUGGUGAAAACGCUAAUAAAUAUUCAGCUGCAGUUCCACUUAAAGAAAUAAUUUCAGAUGACCUGUCUGUUUAUGUAACACAUUAA